GUGCAACCAGAAAAUACGGCAUUCAACUUAGCCCCAGAUGAAAGAUACGUCAUACCACUUUCUGCGGACAUACACAUGCCUACAGGAAGUGUUAUUGAUACGCGAUGUGUACAAGUUAUUAGUACCGGGGAUAUUACUGUGGUGGUGUUCAGCAGGCAGGGGUCAAAUGGAGAUGCUUAUUUAGCGUUGCCGAUGCCGCUACUCGGUCAAUUAUAUUUGUCAGUAAAUUAUUAUAUGCGCGCGAGUCAAUCUGCGUCGUUUAUUGUGAUCACGGCUCCAUUUAACGAUAGCAAGAUCAGAAUUCGUGUUCCAGACUUUAGGAAUAUUGUAAGUUUUAUGUUUGCUGAUCGUCUAUAUGGUCCAGAAGAAACUAUUGUGGUAACACUGUCAGCCUAUCAGGUUUUACAGUUACAGAUAAAUGAUGAUCUAACCGGUACCCAUAUUGUUUCAGACAAACCGAUUUCUGUCCUAAGUGGCGUAAACCGUACCACAGUCUAUGGGAAGCACUGUAAAAGUCACGUAAUGGACUCACUUCCACCUGUUCGUCGUCUUGGCUAUCAAUACAUUACAGUGACGGAGCCACAGUACAGAGAACCAACGGUAUACCGUAUCGUAGCAACCCAAGUAGCGACCAGAGUUGAAAUGGGAACGAAUAUAAUCAUCUUAAAUAAAACUGGAGAUUAUUAUGAAUCUGUUAUAGAACCAAAUAAUUUUUAUUUCCUUCAAUCUUCUAAACCAGUUCUAGUAGCACAGCUCAGUACUUCUAACUAUAACGGUACAUAUAGAUCCGGUGAUCCUUCUAUGAUGAUACUGACACCACUCCAAGCAGCACGCGACUUCUACACGUUUUCGGUCGUUGACUAUAAAAGUUACACCGUUUAUGUUACAAUAGUAAUUAAUAGUUCGGAUGUAACUGGCUUACGAUUAAACAACCAAACCAUCUCCACUAACUGGACGGCAGUGACUGGCUGCAUAUUUUAA